UAAUCACAUUAGUCGUCUCUCUCCCGUCCCCGCGCUAUUACUUGCACCAUACACGUGCCUCGAGACCAUGUCAACUGCAUAAACACCAUGCACACUCAGCAUGCACAUGACUUCGCUUCCAGCAAGGCCAGCGGAACGCGGUCAUGCAUCGACUCCUCCGGCCUGUUGUACCUCCCAUCGGCAUGGACAUUCAAGGUUAGCGUUGAAAUCUUGGUGCACAGCUUCACGGCGGAAACUCCUCGCCACGCCAGCUCACCGCUAGGCAGAUCGAGCGUACACUCACGACUGACGACUGCACGCUCUGUAAACAGCGCGGCGAUGCUCGUCGAGAACAUACAGCGGGGCGAUGCGAAGUGCACAGACAACCAUUCCUACUGUAGCCGACAUCCACUCUCAUGUCGCCUGUCUCACGACCAAGGGAUGAGUGGCAGUCACCCAGUAUUCCCAUUAUUCCACCCCCCGCACUGCUCUCUUCGGCCACUCGGCCAGUCGCCCGUGUCCUGUCCAGACACUCCCGUUUGCCGGGUGGCUUGGUUUCAUGCUCUCUCUCUCUCUCUCCGUGCCUGAGCUCGUCGCUCCGUCUCCGUCUUCUGUCUCGGCUCUCAUUCUCCAGCCUUGGGCGCGCUCAACCAUUGCGAUCGGCGUCGGUGUCACUUGCCACUACCCACCACACCAUACACC